UCUUCCACCAAACGAUCCUCUUCCUCUAUCACCACCUCUGAAUCCGCCACGUCCUCGCGCAUCACCUCGGAAGGCCAUUGUUGUUGUGGACAGCGGGAGUUGUGGCAGGCUGUCCUUGAAUCUUGGGGAAAAUAAUUUUGCUGCAGCUGCAUCUGCAUCUCCAUGUUUAGAGCGGUGGUCGGACGGCACGUGACUGACACCUCAUUUUUACGGACUGCCACACGUUCCCAUACCCACCAGUGCCACCCAGGUGGCAUAAUAUUCAAUCUCCAUACAUCUCCACUCCGAUCUUUCGCUAUGAGCCACCAGAAGAAAGUCAGCCUCAAUCCUCACGAUCUCUGGGGGGUUUUGAAAGGUGACGGUAUGACUCAAAACGGCUCCGCUGGCCCUGACUCAUCUGCCCCUGAGGCCAACACAUCAAAGAGACCCGUGAGCCCAACUUCCACCAAGAAACUUCCCAACAGACCGAAAGAAAUGUCUACUCAAGCGGCGCCUCCUGCGGCGCAUCAAGCGCCCAAAUCACUCCCUGACUUCAUUGUGGAAAGAAACCAGCUCUUCGACCAGCUGAAGAAGCAGCGUGAUGAAGAACUCGCCAGCAGGGAGAAACCAACAAUUCAGGUCAACCUCGUUCCCGCACCGGGCCAGGAGACCACUGUCGAGGGCAAGGCCUGGGAAACCACGCCGGGUCACCUGUUGAGGAAUCUGCCCAAAGACCGGGCUGGUCAAGUCGUGGUGGCCAAAGUCGAUGGUCAACUCUGGGAUCUAGACAGGCCGCUGGAAAAGGACAGCAAAGUGUCAUACCUCACGUUUGACGACCCCGAAGGCCGUGAUGUCUUUUGGCACUCUUCGGCCCACGUGCUUGGUGAAUGUGCCGAGCACGAGUACGGCUGCCGCCUCUCCCAUGGCCCUCCUACGGCUAUGGGUUUCUUCUACGACAUGGCGCUCGAACCUGGCAAAGCCGUCCGUGAAGCCGAGUGGCCCUCUCUGGAGAACCGUGCGAAGAGAUUCGCAAAGGACAAACAAGCUUUCGAACGUCUCGAAGUCUCCAAGGACAACCUCCGCAAGAUGUUUGGCUACAGCAAAUAUAAGAUGCACUACAUUGAGAAGUUUGUGCCCGACGGGGAGUCCUCCACGGUGUACCGCAACGGCACACUGGUGGAUUUGUGCCAGGGGCCGCAUAUCCAAAACACUCGCAAAAUCGAAUCCUUCAAGAUCAUGAAGAACAGCUCCGCGUAUUUCCUGGGCGACCAGAACAACGACUCCCUUCAGCGCAUUCACGGCGUCGCUUUCCCCACGAAACAACAACUGAAAGACUGGGAACAUUUCCUCGAGGAGGCCAAGAAGCGCGAUCACCAGGUCAUUGGCCAACAACAGAAACUAUUCAUGUUCAGUCGGGUGUCUCCCGGUUCACCCUUCUUACUACCCCAUGGGACUCGCAUUUUCAACGCCCUCCAACAAAUGCUUCGCGAUCAAUACUGGGAACGCGGCUACCAGGAGGUCCAGUCCCCCAACAUGUACGACGUGGACCUAUGGAAAACCUCGGGCCACUGGCAACAUUACCAAGACGACAUGUUCCGGGUGAUAGUGAAGGAUGACUCUGCCGAACCCAUGCCGUUGAGCGACAAGAAACCAGACGGCAAAACCCCUCUCGCGGAAAUCAAGGAUAAGGACAAGGGCGUUUUCGCCCUGAAACCGAUGAACUGUCCGGGUCACUGCGUCAUGUUCGGCGACGAAGAGCGGUCCUAUCGCGAGCUCCCUUGGCGGGUGGCAGACUUUGGUGUCCUUCAUCGUAAUGAGGCCUCGGGUGCUCUCUCUGGGCUCACCCGGGUACGCAAGUUCCAGCAAGACGACACGCACAUCUUCUGCACCAACGAGCAGGUGCAGUCCGAAAUCGAGGCGCUGUUCGACUUCAUGUCUCACGUCUACAGCCUGUUCGGGUUUCAGUUCAAGCUGAAAUUCUCCACCCGGCCCGAAGGAUACAUGGGCACGUUGGAGGACUGGAACGCUGCUGAGGCUCGCCUGAAGCAAGCUCUCAUCAACUUCCGCGGUGACGACUGGGAGAUGAACGAGGGGGACGGCGCCUUCUACGGCCCAAAGAUUGAUGUUACGAUCUCCGACGCGCUGGGCAGAGAGUUCCAGUGCGCGACCAUCCAGCUGGAUUUCCAAGGCCCCCAGAACUUCAAGCUCGAAUACCGCACCAGCGAAUCCGGCGAUGCCAUCGCCCAGCAGUCCGAGGAACACCGCGAGCGCGAUCCAAAGGCACCAGCACCGGGCAUGGCGCGCCCCGUCAUGAUCCACCGCGCCAUCAUCGGCUCCUUUGAGCGCUUCAUCGCCAUCCUGUGCGAACACUUUGCGGGCAAGUGGCCAUUCUGGCUCUCCCCUCGCCAGAUCCUGGUCAUCCCCGUCAUGAAGUCCGCCGAGGAUUACGUGCGAGAGAUCCAGGCGAUAUUCCACAAGGCGCGCAUGUACGUGGACAUCGACGUCAGUGGGAACACGCUGCAGAAGAAGAUCCGGAACGGGCAGCUGGCGCAGUAUAAUUUCGUCUUUGUCGUCGGCGCGAAAGAAAAGGAAACCCGCACCGUCAACAUUCGAAACAGAGACGACCCGGCCACGCAGAAGAUGGGCGAACUGAUCCCGCUCGAGAAGGCGCUGGAGAGGCUGACCCAGCUGCGUGACGAGAGGAGGCUUGAAAACAAGAUCGACAUGACUCACUAGGUCGCUUGCCCUGUUUGCCAUCAAGCCAGCCAGAUACCUCGCAAGCCACUAGCCACGCACCCAAGUCAGAUAGAACGAAUCAGCAAAGCCCAAUGAGCGAAGAGAUGGAUAGAAGCAAGAUCAAUAUGAGACGAACACGUAGAUGUUGACGGCCUCUGAUAUAACAAAAAAAAGCUUCGUUAGCUGUGCACAUCCGCAAGAUCGUUGUUGAGCUUGAGCGGAGAAAGUAUCGGCAAUGGAAAUCAGGCGCCGAAAGAGAUAGAUUGUCACGAUCAAGGUCAGCAAGCAUGCACACGGCGACUCGAAGACAUUGCAGGAGAAUCCUCAACUCUGGAGAGGCGUGUUCCCGAGUGAAAAAGAACACCAGGACGUUGGCUCCGAAGAGAGACAUAUUCAGACCGAAUUGACUUCAACUUUCCUCAUGUCCUGGAAAUUCCUUUUCUGCUCUUCUGCUCUUCCUUAGAUCGGUGAAUCGACCUCUCUUAUAACAUUGCCAUUCUCGGGAAAGGGAUGACUGUUGUUCAGUUCAUUCCACAAGCAUGCAU